GUAAUCAAUAUUCAUUUUAUUGGAUUAAUAAGUUGGCUUAGUAAUGAUGAUGGUAAGAAAAUUAAUUUUUGUGGUCAACGAUUUGAUUUACAUUGUAAUGAUCAUGAAAUCGAGCCUGUUCUGCGUUCAUUUUCAAUGUCUGCUUAUCAACAAAUGCCAUCAACAUUUAAUGAAUUCGCAUCGACAUCAGCACAAUCUCCAUCGCAUCAUCGACACACAAAUUUCAAUCCAUCAGGAUCAUCAACGCAGUCACCAUUGAUGCAAAAACGUUCCAUGAUGAAUAAUCAAAACUUCCAAUCGAAAAAUGUUGCAUUAAAUGCACAAACAUUACCAUAUCAGAGUCAAAUGACAAAUGCAAUCAACCAACAUUCAUCAAAUGCAUCGACAAUGCCAACACAUCAAACAUUACCGCAAAACUUCCAUCCAAGUCAAUUUCAUGGUCAUCCGGCAAUCAUUGGCGGUUAUCAUUUGGAUACUCAAAGACAAUCGCAAUCAGAUGACGACAGUGGAUGUGCUUUGGAAGAGUACACUUGGGUGCCAUCAGGGCUUCGACCAGAACAGGUUUCUCUGCCCGAAGACAAGGUGCCGUACGUGAACAGCGUUGGUGAACGAUAUCGAGUGAAGCAACUCCUGCAGCAAUUACCGCCGCAUGACAAUGAGGUCCGCUAUUGCCAUUCGCUUUCAGACGAAGAAAGAAAGGAAUUGCGACUUUUCUCAGCUCAACGAAAACGAGAAGCACUUGGACGGGGAAGUGUGAAGCAACUUCAAGUAAAUCAGCAAUGUGAAGGCUGCGGCGAAGUGAUGAUGACAGGCGAUAUCGGAGUUUAUGGCUCUCGUUUUGGUCCCAACAUUUGUUGGCAUCCUGCAUGCUUUGUAUGUUGUGUUUGCAAAGAACUUCUCGUCGAUCUAAUUUACUUUCAUCGCGAGGGACGACUUUACUGUGGACGUCAUCAUGCAGAAACAUUGAAGCCACGAUGUUCAGCAUGUGAUGAGAUAAUUUUGGCCGAUGAGUGCACGGAAGCCGAGGGUCGAGCAUGGCACAUGAAGCAUUUUGCAUGUUUCGAUUGCGAUAAGCAGUUGGGCGGUCAACGUUACAUAAUGCGAGAGGGAAAACCGUAUUGUCUCGGAUGCUUCGACAAUAUGUUUGCUGAAUAUUGCGAUUAUUGUGGUGAACCCAUCGGUGUCGAUCAAGGUCAGAUGAGUCAUGAUGGACAACAUUGGCAUGCAACUGAUCAAUGUUUCUCUUGUUCAACAUGUCGCUGUUCUCUGCUUGGUCGUCCAUUUUUGCCACGUCGUGGAUCGAUUUAUUGUUCGAUUGCGUGCAGUAAAGGCGAACCACCGACACCAACAGAUAGUUCAGUGCCGUCUAUGCGACCAUUGAAGCAAAACAUUCACAUGCAACAAUCCACAUCGACAAAUCGAACAGCGUCUGAUAAUGAAGAAUCAAUCGCUGCACCUUCCACACCCCCAUCACCAAAACGCGGCCCAUCAUCGCCGAUUCAUCAAGUUCGUAAUCAACCACAGCCAUCUUCAACAAGAUCACCCAAAAUGGGAAGAAGAGCUCUUCAUUGCAGUCCUAAGCAAGGCUCAAGCACUCAAACGUUUAAUGAUUUGAAUUAUCAAAUGCCUGGUCAAGUUGAAACCGUCAUUACAAUUAACGAACAAGAUCAGUACUCACUUAAUUCAAACACUUCAUCCACUUGCAACAAGGGACUUGAUCGAGUGCUACUUGAAAGAAACAUCGAGAAACUUCUCGAACGAACAGAUAAACCAAAUCCAUAUUUUCAACCUCAAAUGACGUGUCACGAUCAACAAAUCAAUCGACUACUUCAUCAUGAUCGAAGUCGAGAACCACUCGAUUUAACUGAUUUAGGUUUAAGUUUGGAUAAUCUUUCACCGAAAACAAAUGUUGGUGUGAUGAGUCAGAGUUUGAAGAAAGAUCAAAUGACGACUUCAUCAAUGCCGGAACUUCCAGUUUAUGAAUUAUCGAAGAUGGAUGACAUCACUCCAAUCAAUGAAGAAUUGCCGACACCUGACAUUUCAGAGUUGACUGCUAAAGGCGAUGAACCAUCGCAGCCGAUAUUUAUUCCAACGACAUCAAAGAAAGAAGUAAGAUUUGAAGGCGAGUUUCAAGAUACUUUGCCACGAUCACGAAGCUACUCAGGGAAAUCAUCACGCAGUAGUGGUCGACGGAGAAAAGGAAGUCGUCAGAAGAAGCAAUCAUCUGAAAGUCAACCGCGUCAUAGACAAGAACACCGAAGAACAUCAAGAACUUCUCGACAUCAAAGCAAUGAUGAACCAUCGACAUCUGCACAAUGUCGGGGAGUUAAAAGUGAUGUUGUUGAUGGACGUCGUGAUGACGAUGACGACACUGAAACAACUCGCAGUAUUUGUUCGACUUGUUCAUCAAGUUCAAGUGAUUCUGAUGAUUUUGAUUACGAACUUCCACAGCGACAAGUUUAUGGCGGUGUGAGAGUGAACUACGUGCCAAACGAUGCCUUAGCUUGCGCUCGCAAGGAACAACAACAGUUUCGACACGAUCAAUCCAACAAUAGCGAUCGUGAUAAAAAUUGCACAAUAUCAUGAGGAAAAGUCAUCAAGAAUCUUGUAAAUGACGUAAAGAAACUCAAAUUUCUAAACCGAACGACAACACACUGAAUGAUGCCAAAACUUAAUUGAGAUUCCGUACAAAAAAUCAAAACAAAAAAGUUAUUUUUAAAAGUUUCAAUUUAAUUUUUAAAUUACUCCUCGCCAUAUCUGAAUAAUUGAAACAUUUCAUGUCAUAUCUGAAAUAUCUAUUUUGAUCUUUUAAUGCUUCCACGUCGUUUAUUUUAAAUUUUUUUAAAGAUUUUCUAAUUUAUUAAAACAAUUUUCGUUUAUAAAAUUUAAUUUUUACUUUGGUAGAAAGUUUCAGAGAAAAAAUUGCAACAAGAUUUACGAUAUCAAAUAUCUUGAAUUAAAGUUUAAUGAUUUUGUAUGUUUAAGAGAAAUUGAAAGAAAAUAAAUGACA